UUAAAAAUGUUAAAAAUGGGUUUUUUAAAAUCUGCCGACAAUUUUUGUAUUUCAAUAGAUAUUUGGAACAAAACAGGAGCUGUUAAACUCAUCAGAUGGUCUCCUGAUAAUUGUGUUGUUAUGGUGACCUGGGAAUGUGGAGGCCUGUCUUUAUGGAGUGUAUUUGGAGCCCAUCUUAUUUGUACUCUAGGAGGUGACUUUAUUCAUCGAACUGAUGGUACUAAAAAGGACCCUUUAAAGAUCAGCUCUAUGAGCUGGGGAUCAGAAGGCUAUCAUUUAUGGGUAAUCGAUGCAAAUAAUUUUGGGAAUUCAGUGACUGAGAGCAAAAACAAAGGACAGCAUUUUGGUAUUUUGCAAUUUCAGUUCAUCAAAAGUGCACUCGCAGUUAAUCCUUGCAUAAGCAGCCAGGAGCAGGUCCUCCUUCAGGGAGAAGAUCGCUUAUACUUGAACUGUGGUGAUGUAGUGCAAGCUCAGAAUCCUAGAAGUUCCUCAGCACAUGCUGAACAUAAGACUGUCAGAGAAAGAGGCCAAUUUUCAUAUGAGAACUUAGAUUCUCAGGGUUUAAGCACUUUAUUAGGGCACAGACAUUGGCAUGUUGUACAGAUUCACAAUAUAUAUUUAGAAAUCAACUGGCCUAUAAGGUUUUCAGCCAUUGAUAAGAUGGGGCAGAAUGUAGCUGUAGUUGGCAAAUACGGCUUUGCACAUUACUCUCUGCUUUCCAAAAAAUGGAAAUUGUUUGGCAACAUUACCCAGGAACAAAAUAUGACUGUUACUGGAGGCUUAGCAUGGUGGAAUGACUUCAUUGUCAUUGCAUGUUACAACUUAAGUGACCGCCAGGAAGAGCUAAGAGUAUAUUUACGAACAGCCAAUCUGGACAAUGCAUUUGCUCAUAUCACCAAAGUGCAGGCAGAAACAUUAUUGCUCAGCGUCUUUCGGGACAUCAUAAUUUUGUUCAGAGCAGACUGUUCCAUUUGCCUUUAUAGUAUUAAAAGAAAAUCUGAUGGCCCUAAUCCCACUACAAGUAUUCAGGUUCUGCAAGAGGUGUCUAUGUCACGUUAUAUUCCUCACCCUUUCCUUGUUGUGUCUGUUACUUUAACAUCAGUAAGAACAGAGACAGGUAUCAGCUUGAAAAUGCCACAGCAGGCCUGUGAAGCAGAGAGCAUUAUGUUAAAUUUAGCAGGACAGUUAAUCAUGGUACAGAGGGAUCGAUCAGGUCCUCAGAUACGAGAAAAGGAGAGUAGUCCCAACCAAAGGAAACUUCUGCCAUUUUGUGCUCCUGUUGUACUUGCCCAGUCUGUAGAAAAUGUUUGGACGACCUGCCGUUCUAACAAACAGAAACGGCACAUAUUGGAGGCUCUAUGGCUCAGCUGUGGGGGAUCAGGUAUGAAGGUCUGGCUUCCUUUGUUUCCCAGGGACCAUCGCAAACCACAUUCCUUUCUUUCAAGACGGAUCAUGCUGCCUUUCCACAUUAAUAUCUACCCCUUGGCUGUUUUGUUUGAAGAUGCCUUGGUUCUUGGUGCUGUCAAUGACACUGUGCUUUACGACUGUUUAUACACUCACAGCAGUGCUGUUGAACAUUUAGAGGUCCUCUUCCCCUUCUGUAUUGUUGAGAGAACAUCUCAGAUCUACCUCCAUCACAUUUUACGCCAGCUUUUGGUGAGGAACCUAGGUGAACAAGCCUUGCUUUUGGCUCACUCUUGUGCCGCAUUACCGUAUUUUCCUCAUGUACUAGAACUGAUGCUCCACGAAGUGCUGGAAGAAGAAGCUACCUCGCGGGAUCCCAUUCCCGAUCCUCUCCUUCCCACUGUGGCUAAAUUUAUUACAGAGUUCCCCCUCUUCCUACAGACUGUUGUUCAUUGUGCUAGAAAAACAGAAUAUGCCCUGUGGAAUUAUCUCUUUGCUGCUGUUGGAAAUCCAAAAGACUUGUUUGAAGAGUGUUUAAUGGCCCAGGAUUUAGACACAGCUGCAUCUUACCUUAUUAUUCUGCAGAAUAUGGAAGUUCCAGCAGUUAGUAGGCAGCAUGCAACUCUGCUAUUCAAUACAGCUUUGGAGAAAGGAAAGUGGGAUCUUUGUCGGCACAUGAUCAGAUUUCUGAAAGCCAUUGGCUCUGGAGAAUCCGAAACUCCUCCUGCUACACCAACAACUCAGGAACCUACUUCAAGUGGUGGCUUUGAAUUCUUCAGACAUCGCAGUAUUAGCUUGUCUCAAUCUGGAGAGACACUUCCAGCUGGCAAAUUUAACUUGCAAAAAACCUUGAGCAUGCCAUCUGGCCCGUCUGGGAAAAGAUUGAGUAAGGAAAGUGAUUGUGCUGAGAACAUGUAUAUUGACAUGAUGUUGUGGAGACAUGCUCGACGUCUUCUGGAAGAAAUCAGGCUUAAGGAUCUUGGUUGUUUUGCUGCGCAGCUGGGCUUUGAGUUGAUAGGCUGGUUGUGCAAAGAGCGUAACCGAGCUGCCCAUGUGGACGAUUUUGUGACUGCCUUGAAGAAAUUACACAAUGAUUUUCUUUGGCCAUUUCCCAUUAUCCCAGUGUGCUCCAUAAAUUCACCUCUGAAGAAUGGAAAAUGUAGGACAGUAAUAGGUGAACAACUCUUAAAAUCACAGUCUGCUGACAGCUUUUUAAACAUGGAAAUAGACAGUGGCCUCCCAGAUGUACCAAGGAGUCAUAGCUGGUUUGGUGCCAUCAGCUCCUCCCAAAGAGAGAUGGAUACAGCAUCCUCCCACGGCCCUCAAAUGCAGGAGGCAUUUCUCUCACCUUUGUUAAGUAAAGUGGGUGACGAGGGGAGCAUUGGCUCUGCCACGGACCUGACAGAAACAAGCUCUAUUGUGGAUGGAGACUGGACUAUGGUGGAUGAAAAUUAUUCCACCUUGAGUCUGACGCAAUCUGAAUUGGAACAUAUCUCUUUGGAGCUGGCCAGCAAAGGGCCACACAAAUCACAAGUUCAGCUGCGGUAUUUGCUUCAUAUUUUCAUGGAAGCAGGAUGCCUGGACUGGUGCAUGGUCAUAGGCCUCAUCCUUCGAGAAUCCUCAGUCGUCAAUCAAGUGUUUAGUCUAGCGCAGUCUUCAGAGGUCGAUGGGGAGAUGUUGCAGAACAUUAAGACAGGACUGCAGGCAGUAGAAAGCUGGGCUUCUGUAGACUGUCCUGGCUAUAAGCCAUUUUUAACCAUUAUCAAGCCACAACUGCAGAAACUGAGUGAGAUAUCAGAGGAACAGGUGCCACUGGAAGUCUUUCAGCCUACAAAUCUAUCAAGGGUGGCUGAACAAGCCAGUCCAAGGGUGGAAGAGAACCGGAUUUCAGCUAACCACAGCGCUAGCCCUCAAAAUGAGGCUGGUCCUAAUACUUCAAUUCGACAUGAUGAGGACAUGCUUGGACUGGAGAAGGAAGACCAUCCCCUUCAGGAAGGCAGUUAUGAUUGUACUGUCUCCUGACAGAAUCAGACAUGAUAACUGUUUUAGUAAAGCUUCGUAAUGAUGGCAUUGAAGAAUACGGCUAUUGGAAGGAAGUACAGUAAUCACUUUUUUCCAAAACAUAUGUUUAGUUUUGCUUUACUUUGUUUUUGUUUUUAAUGAAUACUUCUUUUUACAUGUGAUGACUAGAGAAUCUCCUUGAAUUUGUGAAUGCUUUCCCAGUAACUUCCUCAAUUCUUUCGUUUAUCUGAUUCUAUGAAAAACAGCAAUAUUCUGCUGUAUUCCAAGAAGAUUUAUUUGAAGCUCUUGUAAGCUCUUUUUCCUUAAUCAUGCAGAACACCUACUCUAUAUCAGUGUAUAUGAUCUUUAUUGCAUUUUUUUAAAAUGAAAGAAAAAAAACUUGGAGACAAUUCUAAAAUUUACCCAUCUGCACCAUCCCCAACCCAGUUUUUGAACCAAAACUUGAACAAGUUGACAAUGAAGCUUGCUCAGAUGAAAUGUUGAUGCAUUCUGUGUAGUUUAAUUGCCUAAAGGAAAUGAUGGCCUGAUUAAGCUAAAUUCUGUUCUAUAAAUUAUGCAGGUAUCAGAAAUUUGACAUCACCAAAUAUUAUAUAUUAAAGGUUGUAAAAUACAUUGUAUCUUUUGUGAAUACUCUUAUAUAUUUUCAAUAUACUGUUUUUGCUUUUGGCUUUGCUCCACAGUGUAGGGUAGCUUUAUCUAUCUUGCAUGUUUGUACUUUUAACUGCAGAAAAACUAAAAGUAAAGUUGCACUUCAAUCAGAAUGCAACUGAUUUUUCAUCUGGCAUUAGUUGCAGUUUCAUUUCGUCAUUUAGUCUGUUCAGAUCCAUUCUGAACAAAAAGAUUUUAAACGAAUUACUGAAUUCUUAUUUAUUUCAAUUGUAAAGAUGCUUUUCUCAAGAUUAUUUUUGUGUAAAUAAAACCACUUUAUAUAUUACUGCUAUUAAGACUUUGUAAUGGCAAUGUACAGUGUAUAUAUAUAUAAACCACCAUCUUGCUAAUAUUUUAUAAUGCAUAUACUUGUAACUAAAAAAUGUUUAUUUUAACUUUCAUACAACAAUAUUAUGAAAAACUGGCUGCAGCAGAAUCUCAUGUUUGCUUGAGGUACUUAUUUUUUCAAUCUGCUGACUCCAGAUUGGUAUUAUAAAUACUGAUGUGUAAUAUUAAAUACCUGUAACAGUAUUAAAAUUUAAAUAUUGUUUGGCUUGUACUGUGCAGUUGGGAAAAAUGCAGCACUACUACUUUUUCUACAGAAACCUAAUACUUAUUUUUAUAAUAAGGGUGUAAUUAAUACAUACAUGGACCAAAAUCAUUUAUCUUUUAGGUAGUAUGAGAAUCAGCAUCAGCCACAGUCAUAGUUCAUGAAAUACUCUAUGCGAAUUCUGAAUGAAUAUAUUAUGAACAGUCAAAAAUAUUGCUUCCUAACCUUAGCAAAUUGAAGGUGGGUGGUCUUCAACUCCCAGAAUUCUCAGCAAUGGUUGCUGGAAAUUGCCACGGUUGGAAAACCUGGUUAAGAGGGUCAAGAAAAAUACUGGUUAUGACUUUAUAUAUUUGCUUAGAAAGGCAUGGUCAUGUCUUUUUAUUGAUAAAUGUAAUUAGACAGAUUUUAUUGCUGUUGUAUAACCUUCACCAUUGGUAAGACUAUAAGUAGUGGUACAUGUGCAAUAACUUUUAAAUAAAAUAUAAAGGGGUGGAAAUGACCUAACUUUUCCAUACUUCUGACAUUGUAUUUUGUCUACCAUCAUGGGUGCAAAAAUUGUCAUUUUUCUUACAUCAGAAAAAAGAGACACUACUUUUCUAUACUGUAGUAUUGAACAUAUUAAUAGCUAUUGCCACCACAGCCUUAAGCACUACACUGCUGUGGUUCCAGCCUAAGCAGCAUUUUUUUAUAACAGCAUUCAUCACAUGCAUUAUCUCCAGUGCUCUUAAUUCUGUUACUCCUAAUAAGCCCUUUUCACACCUCUACAAUGGGGACAUCUUCCUACUUUGGAACUUAAGCUGGUUCCUAUGUUAUUAGAUACCUGCAUUAGAAAAUGGAUGCCACCCUGAAAGCAGAAAUAUCCCCAACUGACCAGCAUUUCCCUCUGAAUAAACUGCAUAAUACUAUUAAAAUUGAAGGGUUUAAAUAGUUCAAUUGAUGAUAAGUAUAGGAAGAAAGACAUUCCAUGUUCAGUGUGCAGCAGAUCUAAAAUUGUAUAGGAAGGGCUACUUGAGCCACUUGCUAAAGCUCCAGUUCAAGAGGAAUUCCCAUUAGUCUCCUUCAUUGGUAUAGGUGAUCAUACAAGAAGCGUCUUCUCCAGUUUAAGGCAGAAACUGAAUCACAGUUGUUUUUUUUAUAGUGGAAUGAAAUCUGCACACUCAAACAAUUCUGCUGGACUUCAAAGCAACAGGGUUUUAAAACACAAUUCUUCCUGUUGCUAGGAGACAAUGCAGUAGAGCUUGUUUGGUUUUUGCAUCUGCUUUCUCUCCAAGCAACCAAAUGAUGAGAAUGGGAAGAGAUUCCAUUUACCUAAUAGAUGAAGCAGUAAAGAAUUUUCACCUAAAUCUGAUGGAAGAAGUCGCUGUAGCAUGCAUAUUACUUACUUUGUUGAGGAAAGAAUUGCCAUUGAUUGAAAGAAUACAACUGCCUGGUCUAGUAAGGAGGUAGUGGAAUGAGACAACUCACCACAGGAUACCUGGCUGCAGGACAAUUUAACAAUUCAACUAUUUAAAAUAAAUAAAAUAUUUAAA